GCUGGGAGCCCUGCAACGGUCGGUGGUCGCCGGAGGUAGCUAGAAGGAGAACCGAGUCUCGCCGCCUUGCGUCGUUCCUUUUCCACCCCGAGCGACGAUGCCGCAGUACCAGGCCUGGGAGGAGUUCAGCCGCGCGGCCGAGAAGCUCUACCUCGCCGACCCUAUGAAGGUACGUGUGGUUCUCAAAUAUAGGCAUUCUGAUGGGAGUUUGUGUAUUAAAGUAACAGAUGAUGCAGUUUGUUUGGUGUAUAAAACAGACCAAGCUCAAGAUGUAAAGAAGAUUGAGAAAUUCCACAGUCAACUAAUGCGACUUAUGGUAGCCAAGGAGGCCCGCAAUGUCACCGUGGAAGCAGAGUGAAUGGUUUGAAAUGAAGACUCUGUUGUGUUCUUAGGGAUUGAAUAUCUUUUGAAUUAGAGAAAGUGUUGGGACAGAAAAUACUUUAUGUAACUUAGUGGGCUGUUCAAAAGUCUAGAGAUAAUUCUUUGUACUUUCUUUUAACUGUUUACUUUGUAGAGCUAGGAAUGUAAAGGCUUUAAGUUAGAACACCUUUAUUUUUAAAAAUUGAACAAGAAAUGUAGCCAGCUUGGAAACUUUUUGCAGAUCAUUUGAUGUUGGGUAAAAUAUAUAACUGUCUGGCGAAUUUGUAUCAGUAAUUUGAAAAUGAGAUGAAAAGCCAGUUCUUCCUUAAAUUUAGUUCAUUUGCCUUUAAAAUAAAAUUAAAUGUAACCAUUUCUUUGGAGUGAUAUAUUUCUUUUGAGACAUAUAAUUUGUGCUGUUGAUGACCAAAAAUACAAAAUAUGGUAAAUGGAAUUAACUUUGUGCCGUAUUAUGCAUAGUUAUACUGUAUACCUAAUUAUGUAAAGUAGCAUAGUCUGGAUUAUAUCUACAAGUAACUGAAUAACAAGUAUGCUUUACCUUAAACUUUCCAGCUUUAAACUAUCUUUUAAUGUAAGGGAUUUGUAGUAUCAGCUUGUUGAGCAGUGACUUUGAAUCUGGUUUUCAUUAAAACAGAAACAGCAGCAGUUACUUGAAUGCAUGAGGAGAAUGAUGAUCACUAUAAUGAACUGAAACCACCAUAUUACAGAAAUAUUUACUACCUGUUUCCCAUCUGUGGUUUCUCAGAAGGGCUAAGGAUUAUAAAACUGUCAGAUCUUUGCAUACGUCCUUGCCCAUUUUCUCUCUACUUAACCAAGGUGUUAGGCAUGACAUCACAGUGAUCUGUUGUUUUCCAAUAAACCACAAGUAUGGUAUUAUUUGAUGUUUAUUUUAUAUCUGUGACCUGAAUUUUACCACCUAAAUGUAAUGUUCAUAUGUUGAUUCCUAAAGAGUGAAAUGAAGGCACUAAAAAUAUUUUUUUAGAAAUUUGUCAUGUUGAGCAACAUUUUAGCGUGGUAAGUUCCAUUAACCAUAUGAAUUUUGGCAUGUUUCAGAGAGGUCAGUAAAUAAAAUACUACAUAAAUAUA